UUUUUUUUUUUUACGUGUUAUUUCUUACAUUGGUACCCCAGGUCAUCUUAGGUUUCAUUACAUACAGUCGAGAAGAACUACUGAAUAUAAGAGCAGCGUCAACUCACCAUCAGUACGACCAAGAAUAUGACUUUCGCGAAGCGGAUCCUGUGUUCUGCCUUUCACCCAGGACAACGGAAUGGAUCCCAGCCGGCGAUCCAAAAAAACAACUUCGUAAAAGAGGGAAACGAAUCGGUCUUCUGGUCAGACUCCGGAGACGGGCACAUCGCGCACCACUCCCUAACAUACUUCUCGCCAAUGUUCAGUCUCUUGACAAGGUUGAUGAAAUCCGAGCAAGGGUAGCAUUCCAGAGGGACAUCAGAGACUGUAACGUUCUUUGCUUCACGGAAACAUGGCUCACUGGAGAGACGAAUAUCUAUGUGAGAAUGCUGUUCAUCGACUACAGCUCAGCAUUUAACACCAUAGUACCCUCCAAGCUCGUCAUCAAGCUCGAGACCCUGGGUCUCGACCCCGCCCUGUGCAACUGGGUACUGGACUUCCUGACGGGCCGCCCCCAGGUGGUGAGGGUAGGUAACAACAUCUCCACCCCGCUGAUCCUCAACACUGGGGCCCCACAAGGGUGCGUUCUGAGCCCUGUACUCCCUUUUCACCAACGACUGCGUGGCCACGCACGCCUCCAACUCAUCAAGUUUGCGGACGACACAACAGUUGUAGGCUUGAUUACCAACAACGACGAGACGGCCUACAGGGAGGAGGUGAGGGCCCUCGGAGUGUGGUGUCAGGAAAAUAACCUCACACUCAACGUCAACCAAACUAAGGAGAUGAUUGUGGACUUAAGGAAACAGCAGAGGGAACACCCCCCUAUCCACAUCGAUGGAACAGCAGUGGAGAGGGUAGUAAGUUUUAAGUUCCUCGGCGUACACAUCACAGACAAACUGAAUUGGUCCACCCACACAGACAGCAUCGUGAAGAAGGCGCAGCAGCGCCUCUUCAACCUCAGGAGGCUGAAGAAAUUUGGCUUGUCACCAAAAGCACUCACAAACUUCUACAGAUGCACAAUCGAGAGCAUCCUGUCGGGCUGUAUCACCGCCUGGUAUGGCAACUGCUCCGCCCACAACCGUAAGGCUCUCCAGUUGGUAGUGACCUCUGCACAACGCAUCACCUGCCCUCCAGGACACCUACACCACCCGAUGUCACAGGAAGGCCAUAAAGAUCAUCAAGGACAACAACCACCCGAGCCACUGCCUGUUCACCCCGCUAUCAUCCAGAAGGCGAGGUCAGUACAGGUGCAUCAAAGCUGGGACCGAGAGACUGAAAAACAGCUUAUAUCUCAAGGCCAUCAGACUGUUAAACAGCCACCACUAACAUUGAGUGGCUGCUGCCAACACACUGACUCAACUCCAGCCACUUUAAUAAUGGGAAUUGAUGUAAAAUAUAUCACUAGCCACUUUAAACAAUGCUACCUAAUAUAAUGUUUACAUUCCCUACAUUAUUCAUCUCAUAUGUAUAUGUAUAUACUGUACUCUAUAUCAUCUACUGCAUCUUUAUGUAAUACAUGUAUCACUAGCCACUUUAACCUAUGCCACUUUGUUUACAUACUCAUCUCAUAUGUAUAUACUGUACUCGAUACCAGCUACUGUAUCUUGCCUAUGCCGUUCUGUACCAUCAUUCAUUCACAUAUCUUUAUGUACAUAUUCUUUAUCCCUUUACACUUGUGUGUAUAAGGUAGUAGUUUUGGAAUUGUUAGUUAGAUUACUCGUUGGUUAUUACUGCAUUGUCGGAACUAGAAGCACAAGCAUUUCGCUACAAUCGCAUUAACAUCUGCUAACCAUGUGUAUGUGACAAAUACAAUUUGAUUUGAUUUGGUUGAAGAUAUCCCUCUAGUGGUGUGGGGGCUGUGCUUUGGCAAAGUGGGUGGGGUUAUAUCCUGCCUGUUUGGCCCUGUCCGGGGGUAUCGUCGGACGGGGCCACAGCCUCCAGUAUUUAUGCUGCAGUAGUUUGUGUCGGGGGGCUAGGGUCAGUCUGUUAUGUCUGUAGUAUUUAUCCUGUCUUAUCUGGUGUCGUGUGUGAAUUUUAAGUAUGCUCUCUUUAAUUAUUUAUUUCUCUCUCUCGGAGGACCUGAGCCCUAGGACGAUGCCUCAGGACUACCUGGCCUGAUGACUCCUUGCUGUCCCCAGUCCACCUGGCCGUGCUGCUGCUCCAGUUUAAACUGUUCUUUGACCUGUUCACCGGACGUGCUACCUGUCCCAGGCCUGCUGUUUUCAACUCUCUAGAGACAGCAGGAGUGGUAGAAACUCUGAAUGAUCGGCUAUGAAAAGCCAACUGACAUUUACUCCCGAGGUGCUGACCUGUUGCAUCCUUGACAACCACUGUGAUUAUUAUUAUUUGACCCUGCUGGUCAUCUAUGAACAUUUGAACAUCUUGGCCAUGUUCUGUUAUAAUCUCCACCCAGCACAGUCAGAAGAGGACUGGCCACCCCUCAUAGCCUGGUUGCUCUCUAGGUUUCUUCCUAGUUCUGGCCUUUCUAGGGAGUUUUUCCUAGCCACCGUACUUAUACACCUGCAUUGCCUGCUGUUGGCUGUUUUAGACUGGGUUUCUGUACAACACUUUGAGAUAUCAGCUGAUGUAAGAAGGGCUUUAUAAAUACAUUUGAUUUGAUGGAUAACGGCUUGCUCUGAGAAGUGUUUAUAGUUUCUCUUUAGAAUUAUACGGGGGUCAGGGUUUUUUAGCCUAGUGUCUCUGAUACAUGCAAUAGGGCAGUGGUCACUGAAGUCAUUUGAAAAUAACCCACUAGCUAUAUAUUUGUGAGGUGUAUUUGUUAAAAUCAGGUCUAUUAAUGCAGAUUUUUCCGGGUCUUUUGGAUUAGGACGGGUAGGUGUAGUUAUUCGUUGAGUAAGAUUUAGUUUGUUACAAAUGUCUUUUAAUUUAAGCAAUGCUAGCAUCAGCCAGCCCAGAUUGAGAUCUCCAAUAAUCAAUCAUUCACAGUUUGCAUAAUUAGACAUUAACUCAAAUAAUUUGCAUAGAGCAGAUACCAGAGCUGAGUGUGGGUGAUAGAGCACAUACUGGAGCUGAGGGUGGGCGAUAGAGCAGAUACCGGAGCUGAGGGUGGGCGAUAGAGCAGAUACCGGAGCUGAGGGUGGGCGAUAGAGCAGAUACCGGAGCUGAGGGGUGGGAAAUAGAGCAGAUACCGGAGCUGAGGGUGGCGAUAAACUCCCACUAGCGUUAAUAGUGAAUUAUGACCAAGGACCACAUUUAGAACUAAGCAUUCAUACUGUUGAAAUGGACAUAUGGCAAUACCUCCACCUCUACCCACUCUGUCUGCUCUCUAGACAUUGUACCCAGCUAACAGAACAUCUGAGUCUGGAACAGAGACAGAGCCAGGAUUCAGAUAUAAUCAAUAUGUCUAUCCUGACUAUCCUACCAAUCCUCGACUUCAGCGACGUAAUUUACAAAAUAGCCUCCAACACUCUAUUCAGCAAAUUGGAUGCUGUCUAUCACAGUGCCAUCCGUUUUGUCACCAAAGCCCCAUAUACUACCCACCACUGUGACUUGUAUGCUCUCGUUAGCUGGCCCUCGCUUCAUAUUCGUCGCCAAACCCACUGGCUCCAGGUCAUCUAUCAGUCUCUGCUAGGUAAAGCCCCGCCUUAUCUCAGCUCACUGGUCACCAUAGCAGCACCCACCUGUAGCACGCGCUCCAGCAGGUAUAUUUCACUGGUCACCCCCAAAGCCAAUUCCUCCUUCGGCCGCCUUUCCUUCCAGUUCUCUGCUGCCAAUUACUGGAACAAACUGCAAAAAUCACUGAAGCUGGAGACUCAUAUCUCCCUCACUAGCUUUAAGCACCAGUUGUCAGAGCAGCUCUCAGAUCACUGCACCUGAACAUAGCCUAUCUGUAAAUAGGCCAUUCAACUACCUCAUCCCCAUACUGUUAUCUAUUUUAUUUUCGCUCCUUUGCACCCCAGUAUGUCUACUUGCACACUCAUCUUCUGCACAUCUAUCACUCCAGUGUUUAAUUGCUAUAUUGUAAUUAUUUCACCACUAUGGCCAAUGUAUUGCCUUACCUCCGUUAUCCUAACUCAUUUGCACACACUGUAUGUAGACUUUUUCUACUGUAUUAUUGACUGUAUGUUUGUUUAUUCCAUGUGUAACUCUGUGUUGUUUGUGUCGCACUGUUUUGUUAAUCUUGGCCAGGUCGCAGUUGUAAAUGAGAACUUGUUCUCAACUAGCCUACCUGGUUAAAUAAAGGUGUUCUCAACUAGCCUACCUGGCUAAAUAAAGGUGAAAUUAAAUAAAUACAUUUAAAAAAAUGUUAGCAUGUAAUUGUGAGACCAGUAUUUCAAUAAAAUCUAACUUUUGAAU